AUGUUCAAAUUCAGCAAGCCCGAGCCCAAGAAGUGGUUCUCUUCUUCUUACUGGCACCUCGACACCCCUCCUGCUUCCUACGCCACCCAUGAUGGCUGGAGUAACGCCGAUGUCGAUGUGGUCCCCGUCGAGCAGCGAAAUUGGCGAGCCAUCAACUACCUCUUCUUGUGGUUGGCUGAUGGUGCCAACGUUGGUACCAUGCAGCAAGCUGGUUCCAUCGUCGCUCUUGGUCUCAGUUGGCGUGAAGCUUCGGCCGCGAUCGCUAUCGGAAACAUCAUCAUCGCUGCUGCCGUCACCCUGAACGGUGUGAUUGGUUCCCGACACCAUGUCCCCUUCUCUAUCGCCUCUCGUGCAUCUCUUGGAUUCUACUUUUCCUACUUUGCCGUCAUUUCCCGUCUGGUGUUGGGUCUUCUCUACUUUGGUAUCAACACCUACAUCGGUGCUUCUUGUACUCUUAUCUGUCUCGAGGCUAUCUGGCCCCAGCUCAAGACUUACCCCAAUGCCAUUCCCACUUCUCAGGGUCUUGCGAGCAACAGGAUGAUCGCCUACUUUGUCUUCUGGUCUAUCCAGUUCCCGCUUGUCAUGAUCCACCCCCGAAAGAUGCGAUGGGUGUUCUUUGUUAAGUCCAUUUUGGCCAUCGUCGCCGCCUUUGCUACUUUAGGCUGGGCUGUCAACCAGGCUGGCGGUGGCGGUCCCAUCUUCUCCCAGAGAUCCUCCCUUUCAGGUUCCACCAAGUCUUGGGCUUGGUUGGCGGGUAUCAACGUUGCCAUCUCUGGUAAGACUACCCUCGCCAUCAACAUUCCCGAUCUGACUCGAUACGCUCGACGAACUUCCGACUCUUACUGGCAGAUGCUCUUCAUCCCCAUUGUCUACUUCGUCUUCUCGUUCAUCGGUAUUGUCAUUGCCUCUGCUGGACAAACCAUCUAUGGCACUCUUUACUGGGACCCCACUUCCAUCAUUGCCCUCUGGACCAACCGUGCGGGUGCCUUCUUUGUCGCCUUUGCUUUCGCUUUCGCCACCCUUGGUACCAACAUCUCCACCAACUCCAUCGCCACUUCCAACGAUUUGGCCUUCUUGGCUCCCAAGUGGAUCAACAUCAAGCGCGGUGCUUUCAUCACCUCCAUCAUCGGUGGUUGGGCUACUGCUCCUUGGAAGAUCCAGGCUUCAGCUACGGCCCUCACCACCUUCCUUUCUGGCUACAUCAUCGUUCUGGCCCCUAUCGUCUCGAUCAUGAUUGUUGACUACUGGUGUGUGAGAAAGACUCACCUCCACGUCCCCAUGCUCUACCAAAACGAGGGUAUCUACCAAUACAAGUUUGGUAUCAACUGGCGAGCCUUCUUGACCUUGCUCAUCGUGAUUCCCAUGAACCUUCCCGGUCUCAUUCACGCCAUCAACAACAAGGUUUACAUUGGCAACUUUGUCUACUUUUACAGGGGUUCUUGGUUGACCUCAUUCUUCGUUGCCGGCAGCAUCUACUUGAUCAUCUCUCUCAUCUCUCCUCCUACCUCCACCCUCGUCGACUCUACCGUCGAGAGCUUGGACGAGGAAGUUAACGACAUGCACGGCUGGGAGAAGGAACAGGACUUGUCCGACACCAACUCCUAUCCCGCUGUCAACCACACGGUCUGA